GGCUGGGUCUGCGCGCCGCACCCCCUCCGCCGGAACCUGGUUUAACUGUGUCUUUUUCUAAGGUUUUCCUCCUGCUGUUUUUGGCUUUAAAACUCCUUUUGCAAGACCUGUACGUUUAAGAAGUAUUGAUUCUGCAGAACAGCUUGGCUUAACCUCAGGUGGUACCAGGUUCCCGGGAAGGAGCUGUCGCCCGGCGGGCAGGCGCCUUCGCCGAGUCAGCUGCGGAACCCGGGCGGUGGGCGGUGACCGUCCUCCCGACGCCGCGCCUGCUCCCGGCCGCCUCCGUUAGCCUCGUUCCGAGCCCGGAAGGCGAAGCCUUUCGGUGAAGUUCGCGGACUCAUGGGCUCCCAGGUGGGUCCGAUUCCGGUGCAUGUCAUGGCCGGUUUUGAAGAUGAUGACACGGAAGAGACAGUAACUUGUCUCCGGAUGACCCUUUACCAUCCUGCCCAGAUGCAAGGUGGAAUAUUUCAAUCAAUAAGAUUUUAUAACCGGGAGAAACUGCCCUCCGGUGAAGUGGUGAAAUUUGGCCGAAACACCAGCAUCUGUCGUUAUAUCUUUCAAGACAAACAGGUUUCCCGAGUUCAGUUUGCUCUGCAGCUGUUUAAAGAUUUCAAUAGCUCAGUUCUGUCUUUUGAAAUUAAAAAUAUGAGUAAGAAGGCAAGUCUGAUUGUGGACAACCAAGAGCUGGGCUACCUAAACAAAGCGAAGCUGCCGUACAGGUGCAUGGUCAGAUUCGGUGACUAUCAGUUCCUCAUGGAGAAGGAAGAUGGCGAGUCAUUGGAUUUUUUCGAGACUCAAUUUAUUUUGUCUCCAAGGCCACUGUUACAAGAAAACAUCCUUGCAGUGAUGAGUCCUGUACCUGAGAAUGGCCAUUUUACCACCCGAAGCACUUCUCCUACAGAAAUGGAUGAAAAUGAAUCAUGAACACAGAGGGCUAAGAAGAGAAUUGCGGAGGCCGAAGAGCCCUGUAGACACUUUGUAGACACUCUCUUUAUUCAGAGUUUAUUAGUGUAGUAGGGAAAGCCUCAAACUCCCUGUUAUGCUGGCAGAUCUAGGAUUUGCUAUAUCAUUUUGAAGUCUGUGAAUUGUGUUAGUCAAUAACUUAAGUCACCUGUUGCAUUCCAGACCUGUGAAGAAUUACUUUAAGUGUACAGCUGUGAGGGCUAAUGUACAAAAUCUCCUUUGUGAUGAAGGAAUUGUAUUCUUUUUUUUAUCCUUGAUUAUAGCUCUGUGGUUUAGUUUUGUAAGAAACCACACCUUGGUUUGGUCAUGUAAUUUUAACCCUUUGUUUUCAUAUAAAAACAGCAGGCCUUUGUUUUCAAGGUCAAGACUCUGAGAAGGUUGUUACUGGUGUUUGCAGCCUGUUGGUUAUUGUAGUGCCAGGGUACUGGAACACAGCGUGAUGCAUUCUAGAGUAGUCUGUGUGUCAUUGUGGUUUUAAUAUGGAAAGACUUAUUUGAGAAAUAAUAUUUUUAUUUUUUUAUGAUUUUCUUUAUAUGGAAUAAUAGAGUGGUUUUUCCCAGUACAACAGUUCUCCUUAUGUCAAUUCAGCAUCUAAAACAUUUGAACACUUAAAUAUUUUAAAGAACCAUUGUGUUUAGAAUUUGUUUUUUUGUAUUCUUACCAAAUUUUAAAAGUUUGAUUUUUAUGUACUAAACAUAAUUUUAAAAUGCCAUAAAUGCAAUUUUUAACAGCAUCUAUGAAGUCAAAGUUUAAUUCCCUAACCAUUUGCUCUGGAACUGUUUCUACAGGAAAGGAAGAAUUGUUACCCCUCUAUAUAGUCAGAAUCGACUUGACGACAACUGGUUUAUAUAAGUAAAUGUGUAAUGUGAACAUUUAUAAUAAAUACUUAAAUAUUUCUGAUGUCAGUUUUGGUUUCAAAAAAGCUAUCUUUAUUUAAAAGAUUUUCAUUCACUUUAUUUUAGGGCUCCGUAUUUUAAGUAGGUAGUUAAAACAAAACAAAACAAAAUUAAAAAAAAAAUAGCUGCCUAGACUACUUACCUGAGACGUAUAGUUCAGGCUGGGGUUGUCUUGUCCCCUCCCAUCAGCUGUUUAAGCCUGUCCAUAGAAGUGCUCAUUUGCCCCUAUGACUUGGGGGUGAUAGAGAGUAUGAAGAGUUCAUUCAAGAUUCAGUGGAAGCCUGUGUAUAGGAUAAGAGGCCCCAGUAUGAUUUACCUGCCAAGAACGCCCUGGCCUCUUGACUCUGGAAUCUGUCCCCUGGGCAGGUUUCAGCUUUCGUGAGGGUCUCAUAGGCAAGGCAGCUUUUCUGUGCUGUCCAACAUUUUCUGAUGACAGUGGCAGCCCAUGCAUGUAGGCUGAGUCUAGGAUGGUAUGUGAAUCUCCAUGGGCUGUCCUCUCUUAAAUCCAGGAGGUGGUCGGUUGCACACGUCUUUGCUCUGGAGCAGAAGAUGAUUCAGCCUCUGCAGUCAGUUGGCAAGAACGGUCUGCUCAUUGGUUGUUUUCCUGUCUCAGCAUUGGGUCUUUCUGGUGACCAUCCACAUAAGUAACAAAAACUUAUCAGGAACAGAACUGAUUUUUUUUGUUGUUCUUCUGAUGUCUCCAUAGGGGCUUACUUUAUAUGUCAUUCUGAGGGUUGUCAGUGGACAGAUUGAAUGGUCAGGCUAUUAGCUAUAGCCCAUGUCACAGCUUCCAUGUGCCCCACUAAAAGAUAGCCCUAAUGGCAGCAAUUCCCAUCAGGACUUGGAGGUAAAAGUUUACAAAGGUGUACUUUAGUAUAUCAACAUCAUCAAUACUUAUAAUAGGGGCUUGUAGGGGCCCUGAAGGGACUUAUCCAUAGUCAGGCUUGAGCAAGAGUGUCGAUGAUGAUGACCUCAAACCCAAAAGUUUUCCUCGUUUUGGUGCCAGGUGUUAUGGAGAUCACAGUCACCUGUGCAAUGGUAUCUAAAAACCUAAGACAUACAAUUCUUUUCAUUUCUUCAUUGAACUUUAAUUGUAUCAUAAGGCCUUUGGUCCUAGGUGACAGAGGGUCCUAGGGUUAAUCCUCGUUCUUAGUUAUUUUGGAAAGUCGGAAGUUCUGGGCGAAGUUGGCAGAGCCUUCCAUCAUUUCUCGAGCCAUGCCUCCACCACACCAAGUAAAAGCAUGGGUGCAGCCCAGUUGCCUGGUAACAUGGAGCCUGUCUGUCUUAGUCAUCUAGUGCUGCUAUAACAGAAAUACCGCAAGUGGAUGGCUUUAACAAAGAGAAAUUUAUUUUCUCAGUCUAGUAGGUUACAAGUCCAAAUUCAGGGCUUCGGCUCCAGGGGAAGGCUCUCUCUCUCUGUCGGCUCUGGAGGAAGGUCAUUGUUCUCAAUCUUCCCCUGGUUGAGGAGCUUCUCUGGCACAGGGAUCCCAUGUCCAAAGGACACACUCUGCUUCUGGUGCUGCUUUCUUGGUGGUAUGAGGCCCCCAACUCUCUGCUUGCUUCCCUUUCCUUUUAUGUCUUGAGAGAUAAAAGGUGGCAACAGGGUACACCCCAGGGAAACUCCCUUUUGGAUCAGGGAGGUGACCUGAGUAAUCCUUCUAACCACAGGCAGAGAUUAUGAUUUAUAACACAUAGGAAAAUCAUAUAAUGGAGGACAAUUACACAUGGUCUCAAACUGACACAUAUUUUUGGGGACACAAUUCAAUCCAUUACACCGUUCCUCCUACUUUAGUUUUCCCCUUGCUAUUGCAGCUCCAACUGUGUUGCUGCUUGAUUAUCUCGGCAGAGGCAGUUAUCAGAGAAUUCCAGAGAGGGCCUCCAAGGUCUCUCCAAGGCUACUCAACACACGCUUUCUUGAAGGGCUUUUUACUCCUUUUUUUUGUUCCUGCUGUUUUAACUCUUGCUUUAUGCUAGGUAUUACAGGGUGUUCUCAGCACCAGGGCCCUGCUUAGCUUCUCCAAUUAUCUCCAGUCCCAUUGUUGGAGGGCGUCGAGCAAUGGCUAGGGAAGUGUUCCCCUAGUUUUUGAAUCCCCCAUCUGUACAAACCUUUGGGUGAGUAUUUCUUCUGGCUUAUCCCGUUCGUGGACGUGGCUGCUUAAUAUGUCAGUUGUGGCCACACACAAUUGCCACAAAUCCCUUUCCAACCAUAAUUCUUUUUGCAAAGCUCUUAUGCACACAUUAGCAACUAGCUGGGCUUUGAUGGCCAGCCAAACAGCCCAGAGCAGCGGCCACGGCUGUUAUUGCUCUUCUGGCUUCAUUUCUACAAUUAUGAAGUUACGUGUCUGCUCACAACCAGGCUAUGCUGCUUGGCACUUUUGGAGCGUCCCCAUACUCAUGAGGCAAUCCACACACAUCAAGCAUAUGGGUCAGACCUCCCCAUAUGAAAGUCACUGGCCCACCUGGGAUUUCCCCCACAGAAAGCCAUACACACCAGACCUCUCCACGUGGAGGUCAUUAGUCAACCCAGAAUUUCCUCCACAGAGACCUUUCCACUUGCCAUUUCCUAGGUCUCCUGGGUGGCUUGCCAAUUGUCCAGGCAUGGACCAGUAACAAAAUUUGCCUCCCAAAAUCGGAGGGUGCCCAGAGACCAAAGAAAGAGGCGGGCAACUCCAAUGUGGCAGCAAAGGAGUUUAUUAGGGAGAUUUAUAGAUUUUUUUUUUUUUUAUAGAUGAGGCAAGUCCUGGUAGGCCACAGGACCAAAGCGGAUCUGCAGGCUCCGCAGUGAGAAGGCAGAGAUUUUAUAGUGGUGGCAGACAAUAGUGGCUACAAGCCAAGGGCUUACUUAAGAAUGACUCAGCAAAGUGUAGUGAACUAGCAGACUGUAUGAGGGUGCUCAUAUUCGGCCUUGCAAAGCCUGUUUCUCUUUCGAAUCUCAUAUACUGUAUGAUUAUAUAACCAUUUUCUAGAAAAUUUUGUUUUUCCUAUCUAACAUAUUUGGCUGACUUUGGGAGAAACCUUACUUUUAGGCUCUGACUGUAACAUGAGUGGUGCAAUUUGUUUGAAUGAGAGUGGGUUGGGGUAUAUAUUCACUUAAGCUUGAUCUUUUUAAAAUAAUACAUAAAUGAAUAAUAUAUAUGCCUUAUAGAAAGAUCAGCCAUUAUCCCACUGCCAAAAGGUAACUACUGCUACUCUUCUGUGCGUGUACAUGUGUAAAUGGAGGUUCAUGCUAACAGUCAUCCUGGGGCUUUUGGGUUGAAAGGCAGGUGUAUUUUCCUCUCUCUGAGGCUGAAAGGGGUUCAGGGCAUGACUGAAGGGUGGAACAAUCCCAGUGGUAAUAACAGUAAGCCAGUUGUGAAUGGCACCACUGAGUCUCUGCUUUGUGCUGGUUAGGGGCAGUGGCACCGCCAGAAGUGGAGAGAGCUUGCCUGCUUCUGUUUCAGCCAGCAGUUGGGGCGGUGUUUACAGGACACAUAAGUGCGCAUGUGAAGAGACACAAAAAAAUGCAGUAUGAAUGGGUCCAAAGUUAACUUUGGUUCUAUUUACCAAAACCCUGGUAGGGAGGCAAGAAACAAAGACAAAAGCCACACGCACGUGUUCAAGACAUUUUAACACACAGCAGCCACCCUUCCCACUAGUAAAUUGGUGCUUCCGGAUCUAACCUUUCCCCUCACUUUUGGUAUCCUCCAACCCCAGAGGAUCUACUAAUCCAAUUGGUUAUGUUAUUUUGUAAUCUCUCCCCUCUCCAUAUUCCAUAUUGUACUCCACCGUAAUUUGUUUAAUCUGCCACUAUUGACAUUUUAAAAAUAGUUAUUGCAGAGUAUAUAUAUAUUUUUUUAUAAAACAUAAAGAUGUGCAAAACAUAUGUUUAACAAAGGGUCUGUAUCCUGUAUCCAGAAUAUAUUCAAUGAAUCAAUAACAAUAAGAUAAGCGACCUAAUAAAGGAUGGGCAAAUAACUUCAAUCAUUACCUCAUAAGGGAAAAUAUACUGUUGUUAAUUUCCAUCAAGCCAGAUGUGACUUAUGACGACUUUAUGUAUAAUAGAAUGAAGCAUUGCCAAGUCCUGCAUCUUACUUAUGAUCGUUCAUAUGUUUGAGUCUAUCGUUUUGGCAAUGGAGAAAUAUACAAAUGGCCAAUAAGCACAUGGAAACAUGCUUAACACCAUUAGUUAUCAGGGAAACGCAAAUUAAAACUAUAAUAACGUUUCACACCUUCUGAGGCCGAUCUGGAAACCCUGGUGGCAUAGUGGUUAAGAGCUAUGGCUGCUAAUCAAAAGGUUGGAAGUCUGAACCCACCAGGUGCUCCUUGGAAACCCUAUGGGGCGGUUCUACUCUGUCCUAUAGUGUCACUAUGAGUUGGAAUCGAUUUGACAGCAGUGUUUUUUUUUUUUUUUAUGGCCAAUUAAAAAAAAAAAAAAAGUCAAAAUCUCCAGCCCCUAAGCUUCUAUUGACCACUCUGAAGCUUCCCCCCAAUGCUCCUCUGAUUCCUCAACUCUGCCCACCUUCUUCCCCAUCCCCUAAGACCAUUUCUCCAAGGAGUAGCCUCUACAUCUACUAUCAGAAUCUUGACACUUUUGAUGUCUUUGCAGAUUCGAGUAAGAAUGAUAACCUGAACCUCCACUCUUUCAACCUCUUUGCUGAUUCAAGUUAGAAUGACAACCUGCUUCUUGCUGGGAUUGAGGAUUGUACCCAUAGAAGAAUUCAACAGAGAAACAACAGGGAGGACCACUUCUACUGCCCAAAGGAUCACUGAUAAUGAUAAAAAGAAAUCCGCAAAGGCAUUUCAGAAGAAAUUUAUCUGUAAUUGUCCUACAAUUGAGCAUCCAGAAUAAGAAGCAAUUCAGCUACAGGGUAACCAGUGCAAAAGCAUAUUUUGAUUCCUUGGAGAGAUUGGACCAACUAAGAAUGACCAACUAAAAAUUCACAUGAUUUAAGUGCUUGUGACUCACUGAAGCUUAUGUUAGGAUUUCCUUGCAAGGAGUGGAAAAAUUCCCUUCUGUUCCUUGUCACGAGUUCAAAAUUUCACAGCUCAUAUAUUAUAACCUGCUAUUUUAACAUUCUUGAGGGCAAUGGUGGUUCAGUGGUAGAAUUCUUUUUUGCCAGACCAGUAAAUCUGGUCUUUUUCCUUGAAUUUCAGUUUUGUUCUACAUUUUUCUCUGCACUUUUCUCCCACUGUAUCUAGGACUCUCUGUUGUGAUCCCUCAGAGUGGUCAGUAGUGGUAGCCAGGCACCAUCUAGUUCUUCUAGGCAGUGGUAGAAUACUUGCCUUCCAUGUGGAAGUCUUGGGUUCGAUUCCUGGCCAACUCAUGCGUAGCCACCAUUCAUCUCUCAGUAGAGGCUUAUGUGUUGCUAUGAUGCUGAACAAGUUCCAGUGCAGUUUCCAGGCUAAGUUGGACUAGGAAGAAAAGCCUGGUGAUCUACUUCUGAAAAUCAACCAAUGAAAGCCCUAUGGAUCGCAAUGGUCAAACCUGCAACCCAUCAUAGGGAUGGCUCAGGACUGGCCAGUGUUUUGUUCUGUUGUGCGUGGGGUCGCCAUGAGUCAGUGGCCAACUUGAUGGUAGCUAACAACAAUUUUAACAUGGACUAGUAUAACUCAGUCAUGUAAUAAAGUGGGGAAACAAGCCAUGCUUUGUAGUCUUAAAGCCCUUAAAUGAAAUGCAGUAACGCCUUAGGUGCUUGGACAGUGUCCGUCUGAAACAGAGCAAUAACAGCAUGUUUUAGCCAAACCCAGAGCCCCAAGAUCCCAGAUGGCUAUGUCUGCUGAGAGGCUCCCCGGCCCAUUGUCUGCGGAGUUUAAAAGAAUGCCACCAUCAGGCCUUGGUGAAGCUGAGAGGAGAACACGGGGUAACACAGUCACCACUCAGCUGUACCACAAGAGGGGCCUUUUGAAGCAAAAGGAAGAUCUCUUGGUGUCUCAAAACUGACCAUGUUAGCAGAACUUAGAGAGGCAGUAUUCCUUGUACUGAGAUGGCAGUAGACCAUCUGACUUGCCAUCAAGGUCUUUGUUUUUAUUUGGCCAGAUAUAGUAUCCUGCCUAAGGGAUGUCCAAACAAAAAACACCAGAAUGUGAGGCCAAACUUUGAUCAAUGUUAAACUUUGACAAAGGAAAAAUGGCAAAUAAUGUAUUAAUCAUGUGGUUAGCUAUGGAGCUUGCAAAUUAGUAAUAACAGUUGCCCAAUUCCAUGUGAUGUAACAUUUGGGUUUCAUUAAUACUAUAUAUUAUGUAAUAUAUUUAAACUUCUAUAUAAAGAAAACUUUUUCAGAACAGCAAAAACACACCGUAAUACCAGUUUUUAGUGACAAUUCGGAGCAAAUUGAACUGUAAUAUAUUGCUGGUAAGAGAAUAAAAUGGUAAAAACACACACACAUAUUUUGGAAAACUGAAAGUCUCUUAUAAAGUUAAACAAACACUGUAUAUGCCAGCAAUCACACUUCUAGGUAUUUACCCAAGAGAAGUGAAAACGUAUGUCCACAAAAAGAGUUGUACAAGAAUGUUCAUAGCAGCUUUUUUAUUCAUAAAAGCUUAAAGCUGGAAAUAACUUUAAUUUCCAUCAACAGGAGACUGGAUAAGCAAAUUGUGGUCUUAUUCAUACAAUGGAAUACUACUCAGCAAUCAAAAUGAAUGGAUUACUGGUACACUGCACAAUAAGUAGGAACAUUUCAGAACUAUGCUGAUUAAAAGAUAUCAGACACAAAAGAGAUAUGAUUCUGUUUAGAUGAAAUUACAAGAACAGGCAAAACUAAUUUAUAGUGAUAGAAAUCAGAGUAGUAGUAGACUUUUGGAGGGUAUUGACUGGGAAGGGGCAUGAAGGAACUUUCAUGGGUGAUAGAAAUGUAUGUUUUGAUUUAGAUGAUGGUCCCAUGGGUGUACACAUUCAACAAAUCUCAUUGAACUGUAUACAUCUAAUAUCUGUGAAUUUUAUUGUGCAUAAAACAUAUCUCAAAAAAAUAUUGCAAAUGUUGAUUUUCAGGCUCUACGUACUAUGCUUCUUCGCUCGAGAUUGCUUGUCAAUCUAGUUGUUGUAAAAACUUGCCAACUGCCCUGAAUGAGAAAACAUAUAUAACGUAAGUUUCUAAGAAUAGGAAUCACUACCUGUCAGUUUGUCACACUGUGGUGGCUUGUGUGUUGCUAUGACACAGGAAAGCUAUGCCACUGGUAUUUCAAAUACCAGCAUGGUCAUCCAUGGUGGAAAGGUUUCGGUGGAGCUUCUAGACCAGGACAGGCUACAAAGAAAGGCCUGACAUCUGUUUCCAAAAAUUAGUCAAUGGAAACUCUAUGGAUCACAGUAGAAUAUUGUCUGAUAUAGUGCUGGAAGAUGAACCCCUUAGGUUGGAAGCACUCAAAAUACACAGUGGGCACAACAAUGGACUCAAGCAUACCAAUGAUCAUGAAGAUGGUGCAGGACCAGGCAACAUUCCAUUUUGUCGUACAUGGGUCACCAUGAGUCAGAACCGACUGGACAGCAAUUAACAACAAGAAUAGAAAGUUGGCCUUAGGUGGCAGAGAUUGGAAAUGAAGUCCUGAUAAGGGAGAAGACAUCUUGGUGACUGCCUUGAGGCAGAAGAACAAAGAGGCAAUUGUGAUGUCACAGCAGCACCAAAAGAGUUAGCAGAAGGAAGUCUUCUGGUUUUUUAUCUUGUACUGAACUAGCAGGAGCAAACCUAUGCUCAAAUCACUUGUGGGUCAGAGAUUAUAGACAAAAGGGAUUUGAACAGUUUGGUUCUAAGAUUUUUGGGUCACUCAGCAUGGCACAGUGGUCCUGUCACUGGGUUAGCAUAAUCUAUGAUUAUUUAUUUAGAUAUAAAUUGGCCGAAGUAAAACUAUUGGACCAAAGAUAUGCACAUUCUUAAGGCUCUUGAUACAUGUUGUAUAUUGCCUUUCAAGAAAAAUUGUUCCAAUUUGCCCCCUUAUAAGUAUGAUUAGAGAAUGUUUUCUCACAUCCUCACUAACACUGGGUUUUUAUUUUUAAAGCUUUGCUAAUCUGGCAAAAUUGACAUCUUUUAAUUUGCAUUUCUUAUAUGCCUGUUGAGGUUUUGUAUCUCACCUUGUCUAUCAGCCAUUGCAUGGUGUCUUAGUCAUCUAGUGCUGCCAUAACAGAAAUACCACAAGCGGAUGGCUUUAACAAAGGGAAAUUUAUUUUCUCACAGCCUAGUAGGUUACAAGUCCAAAUUCAGGGCAUCAGCUACAGGGGAAGGCUCCUUCUCUGGAGCAAGGUCCUUGUCCUCAACCUUCCCAUGGUUGAGGAGCUUCCAAGGCGCAGGGACCCCGUGCCCAAAGGACGCGCUCUGCUCCUGGUGCUGCUUUCUUGGUGUUAUGAGGUCCCCGACUCUCUGCUUGCUUCCUUUUCCUUUUAUCUCUUGAGAGAUAAAAGUUGGUACAGGCCACACACCAGGGAAACUCCCUUUACCUUGGAUCAGGGAGGUGACCUGAGUAAGGGUGGUGUUACAAUCCCACCCAAAUCCUUUUUAAUGCAAAAUUACAAUCACAAAAUGAAGGACAACCACAGAAUACUGGGAAUCAUGGCACAGCCAAAUUGAUACAUAUUUUUGGGAGACUCAAGUCAAUCUAUUACACCUGGUCUUCAAGGAGAUAGUAGAAAGGAAGCACAUAUCUGGCUUUUCACCUUCUAUAAUGGAAAGUGGGGAAUAUUCCAAACAUAGGAAGGGGUUUCAGAUUCUAGGUAGCUGGCAAAUUACAAAUGUGUACCACAAUGCUCUUAGACAAUUUUUAUAUUAGCAUUGUCUUUUUCUAAUUGAUCUUAAAGUUAUUUUUAAGACUAUCAACCAUCUAUUGGCUUUGCUUACUAUAAAAAAUUUUUCUUUUCUUAUUUUCAGUAAAAUAUGAUCAUAUUUUCUAUUUCUGAUUAUACUAUUGAUAUCAUUCUUAGAAAGACUUUUCCCCUUCCAAGAUUAUAUUAAUGCUUACUUUGUUUUCAUUUGCAUUUCCUGAAUUACCAAUGAGGUGAUACAGAUUUUAAUUUUUUUUUUCCCUUAUAUUUCUGUGAAUUGCAUGUUAAUAUUCAUAGGCAUUUUUCUGUAUUUCUAUUGGGCUAUCUCUUUUUCUUACUUUGUUUUUAUGUGUCUUUAUACCCUUUAUGUGUUCUACAUAUUAAUCAUCUUUCUGAUAUGUAUUGGUGAAUAUUUUAAAGCUAUUGCUUCUCUGAUUUUAAAGUUUUCAAGUUCCUACCUUUUCUCCUCAAACCUCGGAGACACUGAUCUUUUAUUUCUGACCAAUUAAGAUAGCAGAAGCAAAUAUGAGACCAGUCUAGUUUGGGGUACAUUUCUGCAAGUUACAAAAGCCCAACUUGAGGACUCCCAGGAAUAUAAUCAUGGGGGGAGCCCUUGGAAUUAAAGUCAGAGUUGUAGAAAACAGCACAGUUUUGAGGCUUUCUGGGAGUGGAACCAGAAACACAACCCUGUCAAGUUUCUCAUUCCCUCUUCAUUUCUCCACUUUGGCUCUGCUGAGCUCAUACAACUGCCAACAUGGCAUAUGGCAUGAAAUUUUCAUUCAGCGAAUAUUUAUCUGAUUUUGCCAGGCACUGAGGAUACAAUGGGGAAUCAAGACAGAAAAAGUCUCUGACCUUAGGCACAUACAGUAUAUUGUGAAACAACCCAAAAUAUAUAUCCUUGAAACUGCAAGAUCCAUGGCUCUGUGACCCAGGAGAAAUCUUCUCCAUCCCAACUUCAGUAUACAAAACUCCUUGACUUACAUGCUCUACUUUGAACUAUUGUGGCUAUGGUUAUAGGAUUUAUCAUUGCAUGGUUAUAGCAUGGUUAUAGGACUAUGACUGCCUAGACCUGGGUCAUAUGACCAUAACAUUGCCAAGGGGUAAGGUGCUGUGAUUGAUGGUUCCUUUUCAAUCAUGUGGUCGAAGCCAUGGAGGAGGCAGUUCUCUAGAGAAAGAAGUCAGAUUGCAUAUUCUUAACAGGAAAAUUGGGGAAUAAGCUACUGGAUAGACAAAAGACAACAAAUGUUGAUAUUACAGGGAUUUUCAUACCUGGGUACUAGUACCAUGUUUUUAUGUAAAUAAUGUACACCUUCUACAUUUGUUUGCCAACUGCGCCCUCCACCCUGCAAAGCAUUUUUGAAAGCAUGCUAUGGUAAUUUUUCUUUUUUUACAACAUGUAACAAAAUUGGCAAAGCAGCUCUUAUGAAAAUACCUUGCAGGGGGAGGCUGCAAUUGGCAAAAAAAAAAUGAAGAAUACAUGCAUUAUUUGAGUAAAAAUAGUUGUUUUUUCCUAUUAAUUUUGCAAAGAAAAUCGUUUUUAGUGUGUGUCAGAAACUAGUCUCUUUUUGUAUUUGGCCUGGAAUAUGAUAAACUUUUCUCUCUCUCUCUCUCUAUACAUGUCUUAUUCAGUUCAGAAAAGUUUCCUUCUAUUACACUAGAAAGUAUUGGUAUAAUUUCAUUAAGAAUGGCAAAUUUCAUAACACACUAACAUUCCUUGACCUUUGUAUUUAUUUUUAUUUUAUGGUCUUUUUCUUUUCAUUUCAAAACAACUUUCAACUUUGUUUUAUUCUACUAACAUUUACAGGAGCGUCUCCUUUGUGCCAGGUCUCUCUGUCAGUUUGUCGUACUGUAGUGGCUCUCGUGUUGCUGUGAUACUGGAAGCUUUGCCACUGGCAUUUCGAAUACCAGCAUGGUCACUGUUGGUGGACAGGCUUCAACAGAGCUUCCAGACUAACAUAGACUAGAAAGAAGGACCUGGUGGUCUACUUCUAAAAAAAAGUAGCCAGUGAAAACCUUGUGAAUAGCCACAGAACAUUGUCUGAUAUAGUGCUGGAAGGUGAGCCCUUCGGGUUCAAAGGCACUCAAAAUACAACUAGGGAAGAGUUGCCUCCUCAAAGUAGAGUAAACCUGGGUGAUAUGGAUGGACUCAAGCUUUCCAGACCUUCGUUUGCUGAUGUGGCAGGACUCAAAAUAAGAAGAAACAGCUGCAAACAUCCAUUAAUAAUCAAAAUGUGCAAUGUCCGAGGUAUGAAUCUAGGAAAAUUGGAAGUCAUCAAAAAUGAAAAGGAAUGCAUAAACAUCGAUACCCUAGGCAUUAGUUGGCUGAAAUGGACUGGUAUUGGCCAUCAUAUGGUUUACUAUGCCAGUAAGGACAAAAUGAAGAGGAAUGGCAUCACAGUCAUCAUCAAAAGGAGCAUUUCAAGAUCUAUCCUGAAGUACAAUGCUGUCAGUGAUAGGAUAGUAUCCAUACAUCUACAAGAAAGACCAGUUAAUUCGACCAUUAUUCAAAUUUAUGCACCAACCACUAAUGCCAAAGAUGAAGACUCUGAAGAUAUUUACCAACUUCUACAGUUUGAAAUUGAUAAAAUGUGCAAUCAAGACACACUGAUAACUACUGGUGAUUGGAAUGCAAAAGUUGGAAAUGAAGAAGAAGGAUGGGUAGUUAGAAAAUAUGGGUUUGGUGACAGAAACAACAUCAGAGAUCACAUGAUAGAAUUUUGCAAGACCAAUCACUUCUUCAUUGCAAAUACCUUUUUUCAACAACAUAAAUGGUGACUAUACAUGUGGACUUCACCAGAUGGAAAACACAGGAAUCAAAUUGGCUACAUCUGUGGAAAGAGACGAUGGAAAAGUUCAAUAUCAUCAUUCAGAACAAGGCUAGGGGCUGACUGUGGAAUAGACCAUCAACUGCUCAUAUGCAAGUUCAAAUUGAAGCUGAAGAAAAUUAAAACAAGUUCACGAAAGCCAAAAUAUGACCUUGAGUAUAUCCAACCUGAAUUUGGAGACCAACUGAAGGAUAGAUUUGAAGCAUUGAACACUAAUGACUGAAGACCAGAGGAAUUGCGGGAAGACAUCAAAGACAUUAUACAUAAAGAAAGCAAAAGAUCAUUAGAGAGACAGAAAAGAAAGAAAAGACCAAAACUGAUAACAGAAGAGACUCUGAAACUUGCUCUUGAACAUAGAUUAGCUAAAACAAAUGAAAGAAAUAAUGAAGUAAAAGAGCAGAACAGAAGACUUCAAAGGGCAGCUCUAGAAGACAAAGCAAAAUAUUAUAAUGAAAUGUGCAAAGACCUGGAGGUAGAAAACCAAAAGGGAAGAGCAUGCUCAGCAUUUCUCAAGCUGAAAGAACUGAUGAAAAAAUUGAAGCCUCAAGUUGCAAUUUUGAAGGAUUCUAUGUGCAAAAUAUUGAAAGACACAGGAAGCAUCAAAAGCAGAUGGAAGGAAUACAGUCACUGUACCAAAAAGAACUGGUCGAUGUUCAACCAUUUCAUGAAGUAGCAUAUGACCAAAAACCAAUGGUACUGAAGGAAGGAGUCCAAGCUACACUGAAGGCAUUGGCAAAAAACAAGGCUCCAAGAAUUGAUGGAAUACCAAUUCAGAUGUUUCAACAAAGGGUUGCAGCGUGGGAGGUGCUCACUCGUCUAUGCCAAGAGAUUCGGAACACAGCUACCUGGCCAACCAACUGGAGGAAAUCCAUAUUUGUGACCAUUCCAAAGAAAAAUGAUCCAACAGAAUGCAGAAAUUAUCAAACCAUAUCAUUAACAUAAUAUGCAAGUAAAAUUUUGGUGAAGAUCAUUCAAAAAACGGUUGCAGCAGUACAUCAACAGGGAAGUGCCAGAAAUUUAAGCCAUAUUCAGAAGAGGACGUGGAGCCAGGGAUAUCAUUGUUGAUGUCAGAUGGAUCUCGGCUGGAAGCAGAGAAUACCAGAAAGAUGUUUAUCUGUGUUUUAUUGACUGUGCAAAGGCAUUCGACUGUGUGGAUCGUAACAAAUUAUGGAUAACAUUACAAAGAAUGGGAAUUCCAGAACACUUGAUUGUGCCCAUGUGGCACCUGUACACAGACCGAGACAGUUUUUUGAACAGAACAAAGGUAUACUGUGUGGUUUAAAGUCAAGAAGGUUAUGUGUCAGGGUUGCAUCCUUUCACCAUACUUAUUCAAUUAGUAUGCUGAGCAAAUAAACUGAGAAGCUGGACAGUAUGAAGAAGAAUGUGGCAGGACUGGUGAAAGACUUAUUAACGACUUGUGACAUGCAGAUGAUAUAACCUUCCUUGCUGAAAGCGAAGAGGGCUUGAAGCACUUACUGUUGAAGAUCAAAGACUACAGCCUUCAGUAUGGAUUACAGCUCAACAUAAAAAUUCUCACAACUGCACCAAUAAGCAACAUCAUGAUAAAUGGAUAAAAGACUGAUGUUGUCAAGGAUUUUGUUUUACUUAGGUCCACAAUCAGCACCCCCCAAAAUAUGUGUGAACUUGACUAGGUCAUGGUUCCCUUGUAUGAUUGUCUACCAUUUUAUCUUCUGAUGAGAUUUCCUUAUGCGUGGUAAAUCCUAUCACUAUAAUGUAACAAGAUGCAUCAGUGGCAGUUAUACUGAUGAGGUCUACAAGAUUAGAUAGUGCCUUAGGCCAAUCUCUUUUGAGGCAUAAAAGAGAGAAGCAAGUGAGACACGGGACCUCAUACCACCAAGAACGUAGCAUUGGAAGCAGGGCACAUCAUUUGGAACUAAAGUGUCUGUGCUGAGAUGCUCCCAGACCAAGCGAAGACUGAUGACAAGGACCUUCCUCCAGAGUCGACAGAGAGAGAAAGCCUUCCCCUUCCCCUGGAGUCAGUGCCCUGAAUUCAGACUUCUAGCCUACUGGACUGUGAAAGAAUAAACUUCUCUUUGUUAAAGUCAUCCACUUGUGAUAUUUCUGUUACAGAAGCACUAGAUGACUGAGACACCCACACAAAAUUAAAAUCAUACUUUAUAAAAGAGCAGUGGACACAGAGAAGUCUGGAUGAAUUGAAUUACAGAGAGGGACAAACUCUUUGUAAGUGAGCAGAGGACUGGUGAAGACAUCUAGCCUAGCAACACGUGGACCACAGAUGAAGAGGCUUUGCAGAGACAAAGAUAAAUCAGCUGAGCUUUAGGUACUGAUAUGAGCUAGUAGGUUUUAUAUAUAUAAAGAAUUAGAAAAAAAAUAAAAACUAUUAUUUUAGAUACUAUCAUUGUUUCAACCCCCCAGUGGUUCCAUGGGGGAAAAGACCUGGCAACCCACUCCUGUAAAGAUUUCAGCCUAGGAAACCCUAUGGGGCAGUUCUACUCUGUCUGAAAAGUUCACUGUGAGUUGGAAUAGACUCGACAGCAUACAACAACAACAAUAUAAAGAAAUCUAAAUGAUUGACAGAUCAGUUUUUAGAAUUAAUAAAAACUGAUCAAGGUUAAAAUAAAAAAUACCAAACCUGCUGCUGUUGAGUUGAUUCUGAUUCAUAGCGACCCUAUCCGACACAGUAGAACUACCCCACAGGGUUUCCAAGGAGUGGCUGGUAUAUUCAAACUGCCGACCUUCUGGUAAGCAGCCUGGACUUUUAAAUCACUGCACCACCAGGGCUCCUGAUGAAGGAUGUUGUAUAUGAAAUCAAUGUGUAAAAUUCAAUUGCAUUUCUACACACUGGCAACCAUUAGACAAUGAAAAAUUUAAAGGGACUACCUACAAGAGCACACUAAAAGUAUCUACAACAAAUGUAACAAAAUAUGCCCUAGAUAUGCAAACAAAUUAGAUCAUUAAGAUGACAUGGACACAUUCCUAGGAAAACAAAGUAUCUAAAUUGACUCAAGAAUAGCAAAUCUCAACAGACCCACAAAUAAAGACAUUGAAUCAGUAAUCAAAAUCCUCCCAACAACAACAACAAAAAAGUCCUGGACCAAAUGGCUUCACUGGGGAAUUCUACCAAACAUAGAAUUGACACCAAUUCUUCUUAAACUAUUCUGAAAAAUAGAAGAGGAGGAAAUACUUCUUAACUCAUUCUAUGAGGCAAACAUUACCAAUUUUCCUCGAUUCAUACUUCAUGCAUUUCAUGUCCUGGUUAUUAUGGAUUGGAUGGAAGUUUGGAGCUGUUUCUACUUAUUUUGAGUCAUCCACAUCAGCAAAUGAAGGUCUUGAAAGCUUUACCCCAUCCACAUUACUCAAGAUGACUCUAUUUUGAGGAGGCAGCUCUUCUCCAGUAGCAUUGUGAGUGCCUUCCAACCUGAGGGGUUGCUAUCCAUAAUGUCUUCACUGGCCAGUUUUUUUCAGAAGUAGAUUACCAGGUCUUUCUUUCCAGUCUGUCUUAGUCUGGAAGCUCCGCUAAAAUCUGUCCACCAAAGGCGGCCCUGCUGGAUUUGAAACACCAGUGGCAAAGCUUCCAGCAUCACAGCAACACACAAGGCACCCCAGUAGGACAAACUGACAGACAAGCGGUAGAACAAUGUUCUAAAAACAAAAUGUUCUAGGGGUAGGUUAAUUUUACAAAUUUCAAUAGCAGCUUGACCACAAAAUAGCUUCAUGUAAACAAGAGACAAAUGUUACAUUUAGAAAAUUGGAUAUUUAUGCAAUUGUUUGAUUUGUUUAAAUAUCUGGGUAGCCUAAACAUAUGGAGUUAUUUAAUUGGUUAAUAUAAGUCACUGGAUGGCAGUACCAACUAGCUUCGAUGACAUUACAAUUCAGAUGAGGUGCUUUUUAAAUACCAAAGCAAAAAAUAAAAGUAGGAAACUAAGUUCAUUCAAUGGUGACUCUUGGUAUGAGGACACAGUAUAUUGCAGGUAAUACUGAAGCAGUGAUAAAAUUCUCAGAGUUAUGGAAGUGCUAAAAAGUUAAUUUACUACAAAGUAAGCCUCAGCAGACAGAAUAAUCCCUUGGGUUUUAGAAACAUUUUUCUCAUUUAUUUCACAGCCUUGUGAUUUAGGUAAGGUUAGUAUGAGUAUCUUCAUUUCAUCAAAAGGUUACAAAGGCUCUAAAGGUAUCUGUAACCAGAAACCAAACCAAAGCUGUUGCCGUCGGGUCGAUUCCAACUCAUAGUGACCCUAGGGGACAGACUAGAACCACCCCAUAGAGCUUCCAAGGAGCGGCUGGUGGUUUCGAACUGCUGACCUUUUGGUUGGCAGCCAAGCGCUUAACCUCUGUGCCACCAUAAGUACAUACAUGUAUAUGUGUGCUGUAUAUAUAUUCAUAAAUAUCAUAAAACACAUGGGGGGCACAGUUAUGGAUAAUUCCCUAGACAUAACCAAAUACCUUGUAGGAGGGUUUGAAGACUUAGGACCAUAGUCUUGUGGGACAACUUGGUCAAUUGACAUCACAUAGUUCAUAAAGUUUAUGUGCUACGUUCUAGUUUGGUGAGUAGCAUCUGGGGUCUUAAAAGUUUGCAAGUGGCCAUCUAAGAUACAACUAUUGGUCUCUACUCACCUGGCACAAAAGAGAAAGAAGGAAACCAAAGACUCAAAGAAGAAACUAGUCUACAGGACUAACAGUCUACAUGAACCUCGGCCUAUCCUGAAAGCAGAACUAGAUGGCGCCUGGGUACCUCUACCCACCAUUCUGACCAGGAACUGAACAGAUAUUCCUGGACAGAAUGUGAGAAAAAUGUGGAACAAAACUCAAAAUCCCAGAAAAGGCAGACUUACUUGAUUUGUAGAGACUAGAGAAAUCCCCAGGAUUAUCGCCCUGAGACACCCUUUAAACUUUAUAUUGAAAUGACUCCUGGAGGUUACCCUGCAGCUAAAUAACAGAUUGGCUCAUAAAAUAGUGUCACCUGUGAUUACUGUGCCCCUUUAAAAAAUCAUCUACGUGAGAACUUAAGCUAAUGUAAAACUGCCUUUUUUUUUUAAAAAAAAAAAAAAAAAAAAACGGUAAAUCCACUUUUGAUAAAACAACAUUUUAAUCCGCCAAUGUUAGGUUAGAGAAUUUCUAACACCUAAGGGGGCAAACAAAACCAAAAAAUAGACAAAAACUACUGGACCUGAUUUCUAUAGAAAGGAAGUAUUGUAUAGUGUUGAGUGUGGGCUCUGAACCAUACUGGGUUUAUCUACCAUUUCCUGUGUAAUCUGUCACUAACAUAAGCUUCAGUUUCAUCUUCUGAAAAAUCAGAGAUUGGAAUACUGCCUCUCUCAUAUGGUUUCUGUGAAGUUCAAUUAAGAUAAUGCAGAGUCCUUACCAUGAUGUUAUUUAGUACAUGUUAUUACAAAUAGCACUGAGCACUGAGUAGGUCCUUAUAUUUUAAUGGUAACAAAUAAAAGAGACUUCUGAACUAUACCUUGUGUCAGAAAAAAAAAAAUCUUUAAGUAAUUUGUAAUAUUAAUAUGGAAUCCUUGGAUGGUGCUAACAGUCAAUGUGCUUGGCUGCUAACCAAAAGGUUGGAGGUUUAAGUCCACCCAGAGUCUCCUGGGAAGAAAGGCUGGGAGGUUUACUUCUGAAAAACUCAGCCACUGGAAGUCCUGUGGAGCACAGUUCUACCGUGAUACAUAUGGGGUCUCUGUGAGUUGGAGUGAGCUUGAGAUCAACCGGAUUUUUUAAAAGUAUUAAUAAAAACACUCAUAUGAUUUAUUUUAAUAUCACUUUUCCAGGUAAAUUUAUUUUAGCUGUAGUAUCUCCUAAGGAUACAAGAAUCAGAUGCAAGAAGUCUGUUUUUCAGUGAAUUCUUUUGUGACCUUCUUUACAGUCAGAUAAUUAACUAGAGGGUAUGAAGUAAAUUAAGAAGGAAAUACACUAUAAAUAUAUUUGAUAUAAAAUCUUUUUUAGAUGUUAGUGUUAAGAAAUUAUGAUUAGAGCAUCUUUAAGUAGUUAAAGUGAAAACUCUGCCCUCUAUUAAAAAAAUAUAGUUCUCCCAUUAUCUGGGGGGUGAAGGGGCAGAAGGAAGCAGACACAAUUCCAAAUUAUACCCUUUUUCGAAGUUCUAGCAUUUUACAUGCAGUGUGGACUACACCUUAACAUAAAGAAAAUAAAAAUCCUCACAACUGGACCAAUAAGCAACAUCAUGAUAAACAGAGAAAAUACGCUGAAACUGCCAAGGAUUUAAUUUUACUUGGAUCCACAAUCAAUGCCAAUGAAAGCAGCAGUCACGAAAUCAAAUGACACGUUGCAUGGGGUAAUUCUGCUACAAAAGACCUCUUUAAAGUGUUGAAAAGCAGAGCUAUCACUUUGAGGACUAAGGUGUGCCUAACCCAAGCCAUGAUAUUUUCAGUCGCCUCGUGUGCAAGUCCAAAGAAAAAUGGACACAUUUGAAUUAUGGUGUUGGCGAAGAAUAUUGAAUAUACCAUGGCCUGCCAGAAGAGCGAACAAGUCUGUCUCGGAAGAAGUACAGCCAGAAUGCUCCUCAGAAGCGAGGAUAGCGAGACUUCGUCUCACAUACUUUGGACAUGUUAUCAGGAGGGGCCAGUCCCUGGAGGAGGACAUCAAGCUUGGUAAAGUAGAGGAUCAGCAAAAAAGAGGAAGACCUUUGAUAACAUGGAUUGACACAGUGGCUGCAACAACGGGCUCAAACACAGCAACGAUUAUGAGGAUGGCACAGGACCAGGCAGUGUUUCAUUUUGUUGGAUAUACGCCUCUUAUGAGUUUUAACUGACAUGACAGCACCUAACAAUAGCAGCAGCAGCAUUUUAAAUAAAAAAUCUCACUUAACUCCACACUCCACUCCAGCUACCGUGCCCCAUUUCUCUACUCUGAUAGCAAAACUUUCCAAAUAAAUUGUCUACAUUUGCUGUUCUCUACUCCUCACUUAUCUGACGCCUCAGUUUCCAUCUUUCCAUUUGUUAAACAAGUAUUACCGACAACCUUCACAUUGUCAAACCCAACUGACCCAUCUGUCCUUGUCUUCUUGACACUCCAGUAGUAUUUGCUACUGUCGACCCCUUUCUUCUCCUAGCCUUUGUGACCCCACAUUCUCUGGUUCCCUGCAUUCCUCCUGUGUCUGCUUCUCUUGGCUGUUCCUAUUCCCAGUCUCUAAAUGUCAACGCCAGGUUGGGCCUUCUCUGCCUACGUGCUUCCCUGGGGUGAUCUCAGGUAGGGUAAUGACUUUAAAUACUAUUUACCUACUAAUGACUCCCAAACUUGUACCUGGGCUCCUUCUUGAGCUGCAGACACCACCUACUUAACAUUCUCAUUCACAUUUCUCAUAAACACUUUCCAAAACAGAACUUUCCCAAACCUGUUCCUCCCACUACAUUUACUAUGUCACGUCAGAAGUCUAGAAGUUAUUGUCAAGCAGUUCCUGAGCAGGAGUGCGGUUGCUGCUGCAAAGGCUGGCUUUGCCACACUUCCAUAGGUUUGGCCAGUAAGGAGACAACAAAUCCAAGUAGAUUAGAGUUUAUUAUUUACACAGAGCAAAAGCAAGAUCAGCAUGGAAUCAGCUCCCCACCUCCCUGGUCCCUAGGGGUGUCCCUAGGAUGACACUGAAUGAGAGGGCCCAAAUGAGAGAUGACACAUGCAGUGGAUAGCUGUUGUUGAGGAGCCAACUCUAAACUACAACCAAACAGUUUUAUAGCCUGUGUCUGUAGCUGAAUGGGGUGAAGUGGAAAAUACCGUGCCUCACCAGAAACAGAGUCAGAUGAGAGAUUGCCUUAUGGCAGCCUCCCUCAAGAUAGGGAGGUGGCUUCCUAAUCCUUUCUCAGGAACCCGUGACAGAUCCUCUAAAGGACAGUCUUUCUUGCUAUGUUCCAGGAUUGUAUGUUCCAGGGUGUUCUGCCAAGAUUUGGGUCAGACUGUGGUUAAGUCCCUGCAUGGCACAAAUGGUUAAGUGCUCAGCUGGUAACCAGAAAGUUGGCAGUUUGAGUCCACCCAGAGGAGCCUUGAAAGAAAGGCCUCAUGAUCUGCUUCAAAAAGUCCACCAUCGAAAAUCCCAUGAAGCACAGUUCUACUGUGACACACAUGGGGUUGCUAUGAGUUGGAAUCGACAGGACAGAAACUGAUUUGGGUUGGAUUUGGUGGUUGAGCCUUGCCUUUGUGGCCUAUGUGCAAUGAAUGAGGUUGCCAGGGCACCAGCCUGAGCUGUUACCCUACUAUUACCUCUGAUUCCACACUUUUUUCUACCUCCAAAAUAUAUCUACUCUACAUUCCUAAACCAAAUGAAACCCGUUGCCAUCAAGUCGAUUCCAACUCAUGGUGACCCUAUGUGUUAGAGCAGAACUGCCCCAUAGGGUUUUCUUGGUCAUAAUCUUUCCAGAAGCUGAUCACCAGAUCUUUCUUCCAAUGGCGUCUGGUGGCGCAAACCUAAAAGUCGAACCACCAACUUCCUAUAGUUGUGUGUUAUAAACCCAAGGCAUGGAUUACUACAUACCCACUCUUGUCCUCUUGCAACCUAUUCUCUGUAGAGCAGGUAGUCUUUUGAAAAGGCAAAUCAGAUCAUGGUACAACCUGGCUUACAAAAAACGUCAGCGGCUUCCCAUCACAGAUCAGAUAAAAUUCACUCUUAACCAUGGCCUACAAGGCUUCGCAUAAUGUAGCCUCUAAUAAUCCUCCAGUGCCAUCUUACACCACACUUCCCCCUCACUCAUGAUGUCUCAGUCAUAGUGGUCUACUCUCAGAGCAUACCAACUCUUUCCCACCUCAGGAGAUUGGUACUUGCCAUUCCCUUUGCUUAUACCACGGAUCACUAGGCCUUCUUACCUAGCUGGUUCCUGCUCAGCAAAUAGUUUUCAGCUCCAAUGUCAUCUCCUCAGAGGGGACCCCUGACCUAUCCAAAGCAGUCAUUUGAUACCCCAGCGGUCCUCUGUCCUAUCACCUUAUAUUAUUUCCAAAUUGUGAUCUGUGAUUUUUAUUAUUUAUAUGUUCACUUGUCAUGGUCUCUCUCACCAGAAUGUAAGCUGCAAAAGAGCAGGUCCUUACUGCUACAUUCUUAAUGUCCUGACAGACACAGUAGACUUUCCAAUAUUUGUUGAAUAAAUAAAUACAUUAUCUCUGGAGCUUUAAAUAAUAACAGAGGGCAAAAAAUUAAUACUCUAUUUUUCCUUAGUAGUUAAAACACGGAGCCCUGGUGGCGUGGUGGUUAAGAGUUCGGCUGCUAACCAAAAGACUGGCAUUUUGAAUCUACCAGCUGUUCCUUGGAAACCCUAUGGGGCAGGUUUUGCUCUGUCCUAUAGGGUCACUGUGAGUCGGAAUUGACUUGAUGGCAACGGGUUUGGUUUAACAGUUUUAGUUAAAACACACAGAACAUUUUCAAAGUGAAUUCCAUCUUCUUUCCUAAUUCACUCCUUUUAAUCUUCAUUUUAGAUUUAAUAAAAUAUCUAUUUUAUAAGGCAGGAGUAAGAAUACUUACAUGUUUAUAGAGUAAAAUCAGUAAUAAUUAAAUAAUUUAUUAUUCUUAAAUGUAAAAAUGUAUUUAUUCACAAUCCUUGAGAAGUUACCAUUCCUUCAAAAAAUUCUUUAUGAACAAAAUGCCAGGAAAAAUUACAAUAGGAGCAUAUGCCAAAGCAAAAAUAUACAUCUGAUGUAUACAAACUUUAAAAGCGUAACACAGGCAAUGUGAAUGUAGAUUACCUUUAAAAUAUUUCCAGUGACACGGCUACAACUUAAAUUAGGUUAAGACAGACAUAAAUAAUAGCAUUACCUAAUGUAUUAUAUUUACAUAUUUAGUCAAAGUGUCAUAUUUAUUUCUAUGACAUAAAAACGUAGAUGAAACUACAGAUGUCACUGCCUAGCAGUUCAAAUAUUGAAAGGGCCACAUGAUUUUUUUUUAAGUACAGCAAGAACUUUUAAGUUACUACUUAUAUCUGGGCCUUUCUAUAUUGUUGAGGACAUGCACUGCCAUUGUCGCCAGAAAAGAAGAAAAAAACACUAAGGAAAAACUGGAAAAAAAAAAAAAGGAAAGAAAAAACAAAAACAGUUUCCUUGCUAAAAUCAUACUCAAUCCUCGGCAAAAUCAAGACAAGCAAUUGCGUUAGGGAGUGUUUUAUAUCCUUGGCCUUUUAACUCGAUGCAUAAACUUUAGGGAAAAGAAGCACUUAUUGUUUAUCACAAAAUGCAGCCAUACGUAUCAAUUUACUUAGUUCCAUUCCAUUAAAGCGCCUUGUGUUACAAGGCAAAGGAAAGCAUAAUAAAAUCAGUGGAUCCUUUCAUAUCAGAAAGGAUUUUAUUUACUUUGAAAUACCUGCAUUACCACUCUUUAGAUUUUCCUUUCAUAACAAAUCAUCACAGAGAGUAUGAUCUGUGUAAAAUCUUUCUUAAGAUCAUUCAUUGGAAAUAUAGAAUUAAAAAAAGAAGCAAAGACUUAAUAUAUCCAUUAACUUAGAGUCAAUAUUCAUUUAUAGUGGCAUGUAAAAUGAAGUAAAAAACCCUAAAUAUAUGAAUUUUCUUAAAUAUUACUUUUUUAUUACCUACUUUUAAUGCCCAAACCCUGAAAGCUUAUUUUUAUCAUAUUACCCUUUGUUCAGAUUGAAUCAACAUUAUCAUACUAAGAUAUGCAAUAAGUGUAGAAGGAACCUGAUAUUUCAGUCGUCCUUUAGGGUCAUCUACUCAAAUUAAUUAUGCUUACUAUUAGAUAAUUAAAAUUCAAAUAAACAUUGAAAUUGAUAAUGCUGGAAAAGGGAACUAUCCUAAAUCUGAAUCUGGCAAUCCCUCCUUGCGCUCCCUUCAUAUCUGCUGAGAAAAAAAAAAACCCUUAAUAUUUUAAAAUUUAGAUACUGAGAUAGGUUUAAAACAUUCAAAGUAAAA